AGCUUCGCGCUUUGACCCCGCGCGCGGCCCGUCGCCCAGCGCCGCGGCGGGAAAACCUGACUGUCGGCGCUCCUCCUUCCACCUUCGCGCUCCCGCGUGGCGCCGCCCACCGCGAUGGAGGAGGGAGAGGAGGCCGAGGAGCAACAGCGAUUCUCUUACCAGCAGAGGCUAAAGGCAGCAGUUCACUAUACAGUCGGUUGCCUGUGCAAAGAAGUUGAACUAGACAAAGAGAUGCCAUUCAGCAAGCAGACCAUCGCUGCAAUUUCGGAGCUGACUUUCCGGCAGUGCGAUACUUUUGCCAAAGACCUUGAGAUGUUUGCCAGACACGCGAAAAGAAGCACAAUUAACACCGACGACGUGAAGCUCUUAGCGAGGAGGAGUAAUUCACUGCUGAAGUACAUCACAGAGAAAAAUGAGGAGAUUGCUCAGCUUAAUCUAGAACGAAAAACAAAGAAGAAAAAGAAAUUGGAGGAUGGAAACAAAAACCCCAGGGAGCAUGCAGACGAGGAGACGGUAGAGGGAGAGUGAAGUUAGUUCUCGGCACUGGAACAGGGCGGCCAUCAGCAGGUAGAGCUACUGCAACCCUGAGUACUAUCGCCAAGAGAAUCCUUUCUUUUUUUCCAGGAGAAGCAAAGAUUUGUUUGAACAUGGCUAAGGGACACAUAGGCAGCCUGGCCAAGAGGCAGAUUCUGCUGCUGCUAGUCUGGUGUGGGGGUGGGGACAGGUUUUAAUGGUGUUACCUGAGAUUAUUCUGAUUGGCUGAUGCUUGCCCAUGGGUCUUGUUGAUUGGUUGUUUCUCCCUCUGCCGGUGGUUUGGCUUUCUUGGUAUUUUGUUCCUGCCAUGCCUCCCUCUGUAAGGGGAACUUCCCUCUGCAUUUCCCACUGAUGACAAAAUCAGGUCUGCUGUAAGUGGAGGUCUCAUCUUGGAAUUGCUCAGAGAUGGGUAGAGUUAGAGAUGUCCCUACCGACCACAAAGUGAGUUCCAAUAGGAUAAAUGUUUUCAAAGAAAAAAAACUGGUGAGGUGGCUUUUGUGCUGCAUUUUGUAAGCCAUUAACUUCAAAAGCUAAUUUAAAAGAGUGGAGGAUUAGAGCAAAGUAUCCCAUAUCUUCCUCAAGCCCGUGGAAAAGACAUGAAUGCGAAUGCUAUAUCCUGUGACUUCCAUGUACUGCAGCUAAUAAAAUGGUGUUAGCAAUUAAACAUGAUUUUUUUUUCACACAGAAUCAUAGUUAUUUCUUGACUAUACAACAUCUUCUAGUCUAAAUAGAAGUGUAGGCUAGGUGAAUAAAACUAUUUAGCGCUC